AUGCAACAGCUAUCAUCGGCCCCUACAUUCCAACCACCCUUUGCUACCGUCUACUACUUCAACUCUCCCCCACUGCCGGAGCCUUCGUACGUUCUGGAUCUAUCAAAAAAACGACCUCAAUCUCCAGAUUAUUCCCAUUGCUUCCCCAGUCCUAAAUCUUCACCAACAUAUCCCUUAUCUACUGGUUGUCCUCAAAAAUCCCCAGGUUCGUUAUCGAUAAAAUCGGAAACUUCGGACUCGUUCUCCUUCGGUUCCGAUUUAACCAAUUCCCCAAAAGGCAAACCAAAAUCUGUCAGGCCCUUCAAAGCAUUGCCGAAAGAUUCUCUAAGCUUGGCUUUCGGGUCAGUUUCCCAAGUGGACACCGGCGUCCUUUUCCUGGAGGGCGAAGAUAAUACCUCCAAUGAUACAACUAAGGCCAUAGUUGAAGACUCGUUGAAAGCAUACGCGGAGUUCAGGAGGAAGAUGCUCGAACAGAUACGUCACGAGUGCGGAACCAAUAAGAAUAUGAGACGCGCCCAGUACAACGAGGAGAAACUGAACGACCUGCAGUAUUUGGAGAAGAGGAGGAAGAAUAACGAGGCGGCCAAGAGGUCGCGGGACGCGAGGAGGAUAAAACAGGACGAGAUCGCUAUAAGGGUGACUUUUUUGGAGCAGGAAAAUAUGAUGCUAAAGUGUCGGAUAGACGCGGAGAAAGAGGAUUUGGAUAGGUUGAGGCGGCUUUCAACCGCGAGUUAA